AUGCGUCUUGGAGAAAAGGAUACGGCGACCGUCAACGGUAGCAUCGGCCAGGGGUCAACCUCACUUGGGGACUUGACCACCAUACCGCAGAAUCCGGCAGCCAUGGCCACCAAAGAUCUUCUUACACAGACUCAAGAAUUCGUCUCUACGCCUUUCACAGCCGCGUUCAUCGCUGGGGGCAUCGCAGGCGCUGUCUCCCGAACUGUUGUAUCGCCAUUAGAACGGUUGAAGAUUCUCUAUCAGGUACAAGAUGCAGGCCGCAAUGAAUAUAAGAUGUCCAUUGCCAAGGCACUGCGGAAGAUGUACAGAGAUGAAGGCUGGAGAGGGUUCAUGAGGGGAAAUGGCACAAAUUGCAUACGCAUUGUCCCAUAUUCCGCUGUCCAAUUCGGAAGCUACAGCAUUUACAAACGCUUCGCAGAGACCUCCCCUGGGGCCGAUCUCGAUCCUUUCCGCCGGUUGAUAUGUGGAGGCUUAGCCGGCAUAACCUCUGUCACCUUCACCUACCCGCUUGACAUCGUGCGGACACGAUUAUCAAUCCAAUCAGCCUCCUUUGCUGCACUUGGGAAGCACGAGGGAAAACUGCCGGGCAUGUGGCAGACGAUGGUCAGUAUGUACAAGAAUGAAGGGGGAAUCCUUGGUUUGUACCGAGGCAUCAUACCAACAGUGGCUGGUGUUGCACCCUAUGUCGGCCUUAACUUCAUGGUCUACGAAUCAAUCAGGAGUUACUUCACAGAGCCUGGGGAGAAGAAUCCUGCAUGGUAUCGCAAACUCGCCGCUGGAGCCAUUUCCGGGGCUGUUGCGCAGACUUUCACCUAUCCAUUCGACGUGCUUCGCCGACGAUUCCAGAUCAACUCCAUGUCAGGAAUGGGUUAUCAGUACAAGUCACUCUGGGAUGCAAUCAGGAGGAUCAUUGCUCAAGAGGGCGUUGCAGGCCUUUACAAAGGCAUCAUGCCGAAUCUCCUGAAAGUGGCUCCCAGCAUGGCUAGUAGUUGGUUGAGCUUUGAGAUUGCUAGGGACUUUUUGGUUGGACUUGCGCCAGAAAAGGAAGAACCGAUAUGA